AUGUCACAGCCACCGAUCCAAUCCACCACUUCUUUUUUACUUCCCAAUCAUUCCAUCACCUCUCACUUGAUCUUCCCUUCCCGCUCCACUUCCUCUUAUCUCUGGUGCUCCUUGAAGAAAAGCUCUUUCUUCCUCCUUUUCCACUGCCUUAAAUGCUCCACCUUAACUCGAGCCCUAGAUGUCACCGCCAAUGUCACACCGUCAUUUACACAUAUGGUGCAACCUACUUCGCCAUCACCAACGCCUGAUUACAACAACCCGCCCAAGGACCCAACCGACCCACUGGCGGAGACGAUGCCGAUGAUUGCCCCAUCAUCAAUGAGCUCGACGGGAGGGGAAGAGAGUGGUGCCAGGGGAAAGGGUUUCUGUUCUUUGACCGGUCAUGUAGAAGAACUAGGGUACAAGUCAAAAUGGGUUUUCGGUUUCUUGCCUGACCGAAGGACCGAAUGGACGAAGAUGAACGGAAGCAGGGGAAGGACGAAGGUGGUGACAGGGGGCUCCGGUGGUGGCUUGCUCGAAUGCUCACAGAAAUCGAUUGGGGCACGGUGAUUUUCACAAAAAAUUGCCUUAUGAAUUUGAGAACCAUGGAGAUAAAAAAAAACUUACUACAUACUACUUUCAUAUGUUUUUGCAAAUCAAAUUCUCCAUCAGUAUUCACAAUCCUGUUGAUCAGGUUUCAAAAAGAAGAAAAAAUUAGCUCUUAUAACAGAAAGGCGACAUGAAGUAAGUAUAAUCGACAACACUUCAAUCCGAUAUUCACAUGGGAAAGUACCAGUUUCCAAGAUUUGUUCCAUGAAAAGGUAAUCAGCCAUAGCUUGGCAUAAAAUAUCUUCCAAGGAUAAGGCAAGUAGAUUUGAAGUUCCCUUCCAAACCGUUAGUUUCUGCAGCUGCAAAGGACCUCAUUAGUCAGAUGCUUGUGAAGGAUACUGGGGUUCAGGGGAACAAAGAAUCAGCAUUGUUGCAGCAAAAGAAAAAAAAACAAAUUUAAUUUUCCUUGAUGUUUUGGAAGAUAAGGUUAAAUAUAUUAUUACAAUCUUUUAUGAGAAAAGUCCAUGCAUUUGACUUUUUCAAACUCUACCACUUAUUUGGAUAACAUUCUUGAAUCAUAGAUUCUCAAUGCAGGAAUAUUCAACAUAAAUAGUUCCAA